AUUGCUAUGAUUUGAGUAAGGCAUUUAUACAAUUCAAGGAAAUUGAAAUCCGCAUUGAGCAAAGUCUUUUACUUGGCGAAGCCAGUAGUGGAUUAGGGUGGUUCAAUAUAUUUUGUGGCGCAUGCCUAACUACGAAAUUAGAGAAAAGGAGGUACUGGUUAAUCCGACUCUUGAUAUAUUUUUUCUAGACAUUUGGUCUGCGUAAGUCAAGUUCAUUAAGAAACCUGUUGGACAGCAGUAUCUUGUUCUUGCACUAGAGUUGCAAGCACAAAGCUGUUUACUGCAGUUGUCCCUGGCUUUUGGUGCCAAAAGAGGAUAACCAGGUCGGGGGAAAUAUUACUUGCCUAUUCAUGAAUAAUGCAAUUUCUAUGUAUUUACGUGUUAGUAACACCAUGCAGCCAUUUGAUUCCCAAUUUUAUUAGAGAGGGGUUAUACCGCGGAAUAGCGAGCAAGUGUCAUGGUGGAGAGAUGUAAAGAAUAAAUCCUUUCAUAACCUAUUCUGGUGACUUGGCAUGUCCUCAUAUUUAACGUCCCAGGAUUGCCAGUAAAUCUUGUUUCUACUUCUCAUUUCAAUUUUUGGAACAAUAUCAACUAAUUAUGUAUAAUAAACAUCGUUGACUCUUUAAUUUAUAAUUAUGUCUUUUUUUUUUCGUUAAUUUAAGCUAUUUAAGCAAGUAAUGAUCUGGUCUAAUAAGCAGUUGCGGAUCGCCUUCUGGAGACCAUAGCUGCUAAAAAUAUUAAAAACUUUGCUUUUCUUUACGAGAGUGUCUUACCUUGUUAAAUUUAUUUUCAUUUUUAAAUAAAAAUUUCUUCCUAUAAGCUAGUUUAAGUAAACAAAUCUCAUAAUAUAUGUAUUUCUAAUAGCUAAUAAUUACAUUUCAUCAAAUCUCACGGACCAAAAUAGUUCUUUUAUCAUUUACUAGCUUUUUCUUUUCUAUAGUUCUAGUAUGUUAAUUUUCGCCGAUAUAAAACCAUUACAUCCCUAUAUAAAUUUAACCAUUUUCCCCUUAGUCUUAAAAAUAUUCUUUGAUGAUUAAAUAUUAUGUCUUUCCACUUUCAAAUAAAAUUGGUAUCAGAGGCUUCUUCGUCGGCCCUCGAGAUAACCAAGUUAAAGGUCUAAAAAGGGAAAUCGAGAUGCUAUGCAUUGGCGAUCACAACUAACAACUAAGUGGUCUGGCCAACUAAGUUGUGGCCUUAAGUUAACACUAGGAGCAAUUUUUAGCUUACAAGCCAUUGCGCAAAGCUGACUUUAGAAAAGUUUAAUAUUAUAAUGAGUCUCAAACUGUUGUUCUCAAUAAAUACAUAAAUUAAUAGAGCAACCUCCUAUUAUAAGAAGCCUACGCUUUCUACAAUCACCCCUUUCAACAUUAUGGACAACUUGAAAACCUUCUUUCUUUUCUUUCUUCUUUCCAUUAUCCAUGCCUCAGGAUAUUGCCCAGUCUCCAGGUGCAGCAUCAAUGACAUCUCCGUCCGAUUCCCCUUCCGACUUGAAGGCCAGCAACCCCAGUACUGUGGCUAUCCUGGUUUCAACCUAAGUUGCAAUAAUCGGAGCAAAGCUGUUCUGAAACUUCCUUAUUCUGGAGAUUUUCUUGUGCGUGGAAUCAACUAUCUCACACAACAGAUGCAGGUUUACGACUCAGACAACUGCCUUCCUAAGCGGCUUCUGAGCUUUAAUCUCUCAGGUUCUCCUUUUGUUGCUGUUGCUUAUCAGAACUACACCUUUCUAAGCUGCCCAACUCAGUUUGUACAGUCUCGCUUCACUACAAUCGAUUGUCUUAGCAAUUCGACAACCUCGGUUUUAGCUACCGCUUCCAUGAGCAUUGCUAAUGCACUGUCCAAAACUUGCGGGAUUAUCAUGACAUUGCCAAUUCCUGUCUCAUGGCCAAUUCAGUACGAUGAAGGUUACUCCAGUGAACUUCAGGAUGAUCUUCGGCUGACAUGGUAUUCACCUGCUUGUGGAGACUGUGAAGAACAAGGUGGAAUCUGUGGAUUCAAGACUAACAAUACCAUAGAAACUGGUUGUUUCAAAUACUCUAACACAGGACGAUCGGCCAAUGCCCUUGAAGUUUUAAAGGUGAUUUGCUUGUCCGUUGCGGUGCCCUCUAUUGUGCUUGCUGCUGGAAUGGUCACUUUUGCAUACUUCUUUGAUAGGAGACCUCAACAGGACAGGCCUCAGGCUAAUCAUACUUCUGUCACUGCAACAGUAAUCCCAGAACCUACCAUUUCUAUGGUGGGAUUGGACGAAACCACCAUCGAGUCCUAUCAAAAGGUGGUCCUCGGAGAAAGCAUGCGAUUGCCUACAGGACCCAACGAUAACACUUGCGCCAUAUGCUUAUCAGAGUAUAGCAGCAAAGAGACACUUAGAUGCAUACCAGAAUGCAACCAUUGCUUUCACGUAGAGUGCAUAGACGAGUGGUUACGUAUGAAUGGUUCGUGUCCAGUCUGCCGAAACUCACCACCACCAGAACACGUAGGAACGCAAAAUGUGUGA